AAUGAAUUAGAAGAGGUCGGUAUUUGCGUAAAGCAUUGUGAAAAUGAGAAGAUGAAAAUAUGUUUUCUUCUCUUGCUCUUUGUAUACAUUUGUCCCGCUGGUUGCCCGGUUUUCGACUUUAAAUUGCAGACCGUGCGAGAUCCCGACGCUGUUGAUAAGAAUUUAAAACUAGAAGCAAUCGUAAACACGAAACCGCUGGAAGUAAAAGCGAUAGCGAAAAAGAAUGACGAUACGAGGGAUAAGGAUGAAAGUGAUUACAAUUACGACGACGAAGAUUAUGAGGAAGCGAAAACAAAAUCGCAGAAAAUGCGAAAAGAGCAAAAAGAACAAACAAAAAAAAUUUCAAGAAGUGACUGCAGCACAGAAGAAGGCAUAGAAGAUUUUGUAGGCUCCAAUCUUUUUGAUGCAAAUAGAAGGAAAUGUUUCUCUAAGGAACAAGCUGCAUUGCUUAUAGCACGUAGAGAUUUUGAGUUGAUUUUGCCAAAAGACUUACCGAACUGCCUAUUUAAUGACAAGAUGAUUACUAUUAUAAUGGAUUAUUUUCUCUGCUGCAAUAAUAUUAUCAAGGGUUUAGGUGAAGAAACUAAACCACUAAUAGAGAAGGCAUUUUAUGACGCUCUUGGUGGUUACUUAAAGACUUUCCUCUUACCGAUUAUUAAACAUUCAUAUUAUGCAGGCACCGUUAAUCUGAAGACAUAUAUAAGUUUAGAAACACUAUUCUUACAGUGUAAGAAAUAUUUAAAUACCAACGGUAAUGGCUGGAGUUGUACACCAGCGAAGAUUAUUAACGAAUUGAAGAAUGUACCCAUCAAACCUUUUGAAAUGGAAACUGAUGCGGACAAAAACAGAGAUUGCUGCGCACAUUUAGAUUUAUCACCUUGUAAAGAGAGUGAUGCAGGUGAACAAAUGAUUGUCACACUGCCGAAACUUGAUCCUGUAGAUAAGAAUGGUUAUUUGGCCAAUAUAUAUUUGCCCUUUCGUAAUAGACGUACCUUUAAUCUUCAGGCCCCUACAUCUGGUUUCAUAUUGGCGAAAUUUUUCGAAACCGUAACGCAUUGUUAUAGCUUUCAGCAUAUAUGUCAAGACAACUUUAAUCGUAGAUUUAAAAUAUGGCUUGUUAAUAAUAUUCAAGAACAUUUAUCCGAUGAAGAGUUCUAUCCCGGACUGGGUGCAGUUUUAAGAAUUUUUGAAAUUUUAAGAAGAGAAAAGAAGUCUGCAGAUUUUGUAAAUACAAAAGAUGAUGAAUUAAACGAAAUGGAUAUAACCGAUGAUGCAGCUGAGUUGGAGGGUGAUGGAGCUAUAUCGAAAUUGUCACCUGAAAACAAUGAUAAUGAUGAUAGCUCACUAGGAGAUUGGAAUGAUUUUAUGACGAAAACCGAUAGUAAAACUAAUACUAACAAUGAUAUUGAUUUACUUGGGAUGAGUGAUGGAAAUAGCAAACAUAAAGGUGGUUUUAUUGGUGAUAAAACCAACAACGAUGUAUACGGACAAAACAACUAUAUGCAAGAUCUUGAUACGUUCUCAUCUGAGGACAAAUGUAAAAAGAAAGCUCGCUGGAAAUGGGUGCUAUGGUUCUUUAUUUAUCUAAUACUGCUGCUCCUGCUGCUGUUACUAUUGAUACUACUUAUACGUUGGCUGUUAGCCAAAAGAAAGCAAAAACCGACCACACCCAAGAAAGCGCCCCCACCAGCAAAAGCCGCAACACCUGUUGCCAGUACAACAUCGUCUUCCCUUGCUUGCCAGCCUAAAAAAUGUGUUAUAUACACAAGAAAAAGGAGGCCAGCUACAUUCAUAGGCGGGUACACAACUUCAGAAACUGAGAAAUCGCCUAAAAAAUCUAAAAAAGGAGUUUCCUUCAGUAAAAAAACAUCGACAGCAAAAACUAGUUCAAAGACCGCACCCCCUUCGAAAUCAAAAAUAUUUGAGUCUUCUGCCAGUUCAAAGCCAAGGAAAUAAAACUAAAACUUUUUAUAAUAAGAAUCUGUCUAAAAAGAAGUGAUCGUUUCAAAAAUUUGCUAUAAAUAAUUUAUAUAAG